GGAUACAAUACAUACUCAGCUCGCAUAGAGGGUAAUCAGAUAUCUGCAGCUAUAUGGAGGCAAUUGCAGAGAAUAAUAACAAAGAUGUGCAUGGACUCAACAUGGAGUCCAUGGAGAACCUGUUAACCGAAACAACAGAUAAAUCGCUUGUGACCAAAAUAAACUUCCUAUCAGCAGGGAAUGUGUGCGCCACCCGAAAGCCGGUGCCGGACUGUGUGGCACACGACUUGGUGAACGAAGUCUGCGAUGUGAUCAAGAAGGCCGAAACCUUUGGCGUUAACGUGAGCAGCAGCGACUGUCAGGUGCUUCCCAAAAUUCGUAGAAAGCUGAACGAAUGCAUUGACGAUGACUACGACGACGAUGACGACGAUAUGGAUCCGCGUCUCAAGUGUUGGAAGAAAAUGCUCCAUGAGCGUAAAUUGCUGCAAAAGCGCAUCGAGCGACAGACGGGCAAGCGUGCGGAGGAUGUCCUCUUCAAUCGCCAUGCGACCAUCGAUGCGCAGACGAAACGGAUGCUCAUCCGUCUAAUUGAUACGGCCGAGCGCAGCGAGGGAGCACCGCCGACGCAGAAAAAGCCGGUACUAAAGAUGCGCCAGGAUCCGGCGCAUUGCCGCCAGCUGGCCGAAUUGCCCGUGGCCGAGCCUCGGCUGCCGGAGUUUGAGUUCGUGGGCUUCUCGGAGGUGGCACAAAUCGAGCUGGCCGACACACUGCACCCGGCCGAGAGCAAAUGGCAGCGCUCCGAGGCGCUGGGCAAGCGGCUCGAGCAGCAGGAGGAAAACAUUAUGCGUGUUCUUCAAUAUUGUCCAGACUUCAAUCAACUGCAGGUCGCAUCGGCGUCCAAGCGCUGCAAGCAAAAUGUGCUGCAGAGCCAAACAGUUGGCGAAGAUGUUAUUUACAAGGUGUCCACCGAAACAAUCGACGAGGCACAGCAAACGCCACGGCAAUCGCCCUCGCAAUCGAUAGCGCCAUCGAAAUCCAUAAUCAAGACCAAAACUCCGCGCCCUCCGGUGGCCGAGGUCAAGGCAACCGCAGUGCCUGCUCUCAAUGCGGUUAAGAUAAAUGGGCGUGUCUUUGGGUUUGGCGUCGAUCAUGGCAUCCUCAGCGAUGACAUGCAGAUAUUCUUCCAAUGCGAUCCGCUCCAGCGCAUGCGCAAGACCAUCGUCCUUCUGGAGAACAUCGGCAACUGUUUGAUCCAAGUGCGCUGGCAGUCGUGCGCCAUCUACAAGAAGGAGCUGCAGCAGCACCUGGUCCUGAACAACGAGUUCCUGUUCGACACCCAGCCCUUUGUGCUGCUGCCUGGAACACAGCGUCGCAUCGACGUCAUGUUCCAGCCCAUGUGGGUGGGCAUUAAGAAGCAGCGCUGGUGCCUGAAUCUGACGCGCUCGGCCAUCUGUGGCAUGCGGCGUCUCUAUGUGCGCUUUCAUGGCGUUUGCACAACGCCCGUGGCCUAUCGCGAGCGACUCGAGCGGGACCAGCAGCUGAUCAUAGACAAGCAGCAGACCCAGUUCACUGAGCGCCUGGCCGGCAUACAUGCGGAGCUGGCGCCCAUUGUGGAGAAUUGCAAUCUAAAGUGCCCCUAUGAGCGUCAGCUGGACGAACGCGAACUGUUUACUGCCCAAAAUCCUGGCUUCAAAGUCGAGCGCUAUGCGGAUCUGGAGACACUCAAGGAGCUCUACAUGCUGGUGAAGAAGCCACGCCAGCCGCCCUGGGACUAUCGCCUGGAGACGUUGAGGCAGUGCAUCUACCAGCACGAGGUGCAGCAGCGUGAGUCUCUGCAGAACAUACUCGUCGAGGUGCUGGCUCCCAUGCGCUGCAACUCUGGCGAAAUCUACGAGGACCUGCAUCUCAGCCAGCAGCAGGAGCGCUCGUGCUAUCUCUAUGUGCGCGGCAUCAUCAGCAGCACAAUCGAGAACUGGGAGAUACAGAGCGAGGGGCUGGGCCAGCAGUUCUUCAAGUCCGAGCUGCAGGUCUACAUCAACGAUUUGACCCAGAAGGGCGAAGAGAUGCCGGCCGAUUCGGAGUACGUGGAGUGGCUAAUCUCCCGAAAGGUUCUGCACAGCAAGUUCUUCAAGGACUCGCUCUUCAUACAAACCUACACGCUGGUCUGCGAUGCUGUCGAAAAUAUUGUGUCUGCCAUUGAGAGCACCAAAAAGGUUUAAGAAUUCACUCACAAAAAGGUCCAUCUAGUGCUCGUCUGCCUAGUUUCUCACUUCAAAUCGAGUUUCGAUUUUUGUACAUUUUUUUUUUUAGAGAUUCCAAAUCGAAAUCAUUCUCUAAAUAUACCUAAUUCGAAUAUUUCAA